GAUUACUGUUCUGUCUAUCAAUUUGUCGUUGACUUUCUACCAACCAAUAAAAGUCUCAAUGCGACAGAAGUUCGAAGACAUUCAAACGUGCGGAACGUGUAAAUUGCAGGUGAAAAAAUGAAAAGCGGAAACGGAAAAACAAAUUCAAAAAUAAAAUUUUAAGCGUAAAUUGACAAAGAAUGCUGGAUAGCGAGAAUCAUCAAGUGUUAAUAAAAAGGAAAAAUAAGUGUGUAUUCCCGUGCCUUUACAUGUGCUGCCGACAACAAGUGGCAUGCUCGCACUGUAGCAGAUUCGCAGGGGGUAGCGAGCAAGUGACACCUAAAUUAAACAUCUACUGGAAACCUUAUGUUUUUGUGCAGAGCAGUGUCGGAAAUAAUAAAUAUAUUUUGUAUGGAUGCAUACGCAACGUUAAAUUUUGACCAAAAGUGCAAAAAAUUAAACAAAUAAACAUGUGGGUGUAAAGUUGAUGCUUUCAAAUGGAAAUACAUAAUAAAUAUAUGUAAAAAUGUGUGUGUGUAAAAAUUAAUCUACGAUAUGUCUCUUCUCAAAAAUUGUAUAAGUUUACAAAACCUUUGAAAGAGUUUUGUUUACAAACAAAUAUACAUAUUUACAAUAUAUACAUAUGUACGAGAAAUGAUCAUCACUCUGACUAUAUGCAUAAAAAUUCUUUGCGCCCUUCACAUUACAAAGUCCUAAAAGGAAAUGUGCUCUUAACACGACCGAAGGAAAAUGUGUUCGAAACUCUUGUCUACGCAGUGUUAUGCCGUCUUGUUGUUUUCCAUAUUAAUGACUGCCGUCGCCGCCGACGCCCUGCGGAUAACAACAUUCACAACAACAAGCAUAGACAUCGCUGCUGGCGCUCCUGCUAAGCGCUUCGCUCGGUCUGGCAGAAUAACAGGUAUUUCCGUCAAUUCUACAUUGCACGAAAAGGGCGAUAUUGUCCAAUUAUUAUUGAGUUGGGAGGACAACUUGCCAAAAGGGACUUCGUACAAUGUCAUUGUGACUGCCGCAAACUCAACGAAAUGUAGUGAGCCGCCUUGCAGUCUUUACGGUGCAAUUAAGGAAACCGAAGUGAUGAUUAUACCAGAAAACCCAAUGACGCAUGUGGAUCAAAAUGAGUGCGGUUUCGUUUUUGGUUGCGAUUACACGGUGCUGGUGGAAACAUCCAAUGCGAUGGUGUCAAAUCAAACAACAGUGGCAGUGCCUUACUGCAUAAAGGAUGUUUGCUCCUGCCGACAUGCUGAAGCACUACCCAAAGUCGUAUCAUCGGUCAACAUGCCAAAUAAUGAAACGAUAAUACUCAAUUGGUCUAUUCAAUAUGAAAAACCGCCAGAUCCUGUUAAGCACGAAACAACAAACAAUCCAUGGCAAUUAUACUUUGUUAUCAGCGAACAAACGAAUCCCUCACUAUCCUGGGGUGGUCGUCUCAUACCCAUCACCGAGCAUUUCUAUCCCAUUAAGAAUAUAACACAUCUCACUACGAAAGGCUAUAUGCAGGGAGCCUUUAAAGUGCACAUACCAAAACAGAAGCAAUUAGCCUCCAAUGCUGUGCUCAAAUUACGCUCAUAUAUCAUUGAUGAUAUACAUUGUAGCGGUCCGGAGCUGUUUACAAAUAUAACAGUUCCCAACUUUCUGAAAGCUGAAGAGGAAAUUGAGGUCACCGACUUUGAUUUGGGUAUUGCGUUAAUCGUGCUCAGUGCAUUCUUUCUCAGCAUUAUCAUAUUAUCGCUGGCAUUUUGUGUUUGGAAGCGAAAUAAAAUGGCUAAAUUUCAAGAGAGUGUCUUGCAAAAGGACGAACUCUGUCUAUCACCAUUUUCCACUGUGGUUGAAAUGCAGGACAACGUUAAUUAUGUCGAUAAAUAUGUGCAAGAAGCUCAAUCAAAAGGUUUGGCCGAUGUAUUCGAAAUACCCCAUAGUGCUAUACAAAUCGGUCCCGAAGUUGGGGAAGGCGCAUUCGGUCGAGUUUAUAAGGCCGUUGCUGUAAAUUUACGAAGGAUGCGUGGCAGAACAGUGGUUGCAGUGAAGCAAUUGAAGAAAAAUCCAACUUCAGAUGAAGUGGCUGAAUUUCUUGGUGAAAUCGAAAUGUUAAAAGGCGUCGGUAGGCACAAUAAUAUUGUAUGUUUUUACGGUUGUUGUACCAUACGUGCGCCAUAUUUGAUGAUCAUGGAGUUUGUGGGACGUGGGGAUUUGCUAACUUACCUACGUACUGUUCGUCAGAGUUCCACAAAAUUCAAACCGAAUGGCCACGUUCCGUACGCAAAUCAAGACCAAGAGAGCGAGCAAUCAAAACCGAAAGUAAAAUAUAUUGAAUUAAAGUUAUCCACACAAUCAGUGGAUAGUGAAUUUGAGACUGAACGUCAACCAAAGACGUCUGUUGCUGAAACCACCUAUACAAUAAUUGAGGACGAGGACUAUAAUGAGCCGUUCGAAUAUAUUUUAGAUCAUAAAGAAUUACACAAUUUCGCAUUACAAAUUGCGAAUGGGAUGCGAUUCUUGGAGGAGCAAGAGAUAACGCAUCGAGAUUUAGCUGCGCGUAAUGUUCUCAUUGACGAUCGUAAAACACUAAAAAUAUCAGAUUUUGGGCUCUCCCGUCAUGGUAUAUAUACCAAUACGAAAACUCGAAAGUUACCCCUGCGCUGGCUAUCCAUCGAAGCGAUACGCGAUAAUAUUUAUUCGAACAAAAGCGACGUCUGGGCUUACGGUGUCGUUCUGUGGGAGAUCGGCACUUUGGGCGCCUCACCAUAUCCAACCAUUAGCAAUCAUGAGCUUAUACCAUUUUUGCUAUCUGGAAAAAGACUGGAAAAACCUGACAUAUGUACAGAGCAGGUAUACGCUAUGAUGCUACAAUGUUGGGAUGAAGAUGCCGAAAAUCGUCCCACAUUUGCUGAACUCUACAAGGCGUUGAGUCCAAGUUCGGCUUAUGUUGAUAUUAACAGUCUCAGUGAUGAUUAUGUCUUUCCGCCGAUUUAGUUAAGAAUUUUAUUGUAUUAAUUUUAGACAAAAAUAUAUACAUUUGUAUUUGUGUAAGAAUUUUAUUUUGAAGAAAAUAGUAUUACAUACAUACAUACGUAUGUUCUUAAGUAUUGUUCUAGCUGUAGGUAGAUGAAUAAAAUGUCUAUUACGUAAGUUCGUAUCAAAUGCUUUUAUAAAGUGUGUUUGUUAUAUAAUAUGUUUAAUGUACAUACAUAUAUAUGUAUAUGUAGUUA